UGCUCCAACAUAACUGCCACGUUACCAAAUCUAGUCAUAAGAAUUCAGAAUUGGACGCGAAUCUCAUCCGGUUCGCGAAUUUACGGUUCUGCAGGCAACUUGGAAACGAACCCAGAUCAGAGUCCAGAGAUCGUUCGUCGUCCUUCUGAUUUGUGCAGAGUUUAGGGUAUUCAGACGUCAACUGAUCAAGAAAAAGAGUCCGCAGGCCAAAGAUGAGCGAGGUCUUCGAAGGCUACGAGCGUCAGUACUGCGAGCUCUCCGCUAAUCUCUCCCGGAAAUGCAAUUCCGCCGCCAUUCUUUCCGAUCAAGAGCAGAAGCAGCAGAAGCUUUCCGAGAUUAAAACUGGAAUUGAUGAAGCUGAUGUUCUGAUUCGGAAAAUGGAUCUGGAAGCAAGAAGUUUGCAGCCAAGUGUGAAGGUUGUGCUUCUUGCUAAAUUAAGAGAAUAUAAAUCUGAUCUGAAUCAGUUGAAAAAAGAAUUCAAGAGAGUGACAUCGCCUAAUGCCAAUCAAGCUGCCCGUGAGGAGUUGUUGGAGUAUGGAAAUGCGGAUGCUCUUUCGGCUUCUGCCGGACAAAGAGAGAGACUGGCAAUGUCAGUAGAGAGAUUAAAUGAGUCAAGUGAGAGAAUUACAGAGAGCAGAAGGACCAUAUUGGAGACUGAAGAGCUUGGUAUCUCAAUUCUCCAAGAUUUGCAUCAACAACGUGAAACUCUUCUUCACUCCCAUAAGAAGCUUCACGGAGUAGAUGAUGCCAUCGACAAGAGUAAAAAAGUCUUAACUGCGAUGUCACGAAGAAUGACCAAGCACAAAUGGAUCGUUGGCUCAAUCAUUGGAGCUCUUAUUGUUGCAGUCAUCUUAAUUCUGUAUUUUAAGCUCUUUCAAAGUUAACGACUACCCGCCAUUCCUUGUAUUGCAGGUGAUUCUGCGAUAUGCGUUCUAGUGCUCCUUUGCUUAUUGCUUAGGAUCAUAUCACCCAUUAUACUUGCCCUUCGCUAUACUUUUUCACACAAUUUGUAAGUAUACAAUUUGUCAUUGCACACCACGGACAAUUCAUACACUUUCGUUUGUAUAAUUUCACUCAGUGCCCCGUUGCGGGCCUCUGUUGUAUGAAUUUCGUAGGAUUUUUUUUAAAAUGGUUCUGUGGAACAUCCCAACUUAGUCUUUUGUGAAAUAACUAUAGGAAAGUUAGGGAAAUAUAUGCUUGUUUUUGGUGUUAA